UAUUGGUCUCUUGAUCUUCGCAGCUACAACAACACAACGGUUGCUACCUUGGAAAUCAAUUGCGUUUUUGAGUUGAGAAUCAAAAUAAGCAAAACCCAUGUGGCUAAAAAAACGCGAAAGCUGAAUGCCUUUUGCAUGAAAAAGACCUUUAUGUAUCUACUUCGAAAAUUGAGUGCCUGUAGUCUGGAAAUGUUUGUAAAGCUCAGCUAUGGUUAUCAUGCGAUAAAGAUUUUGCGCCGAGAUAGUAGGCUUAGCUGUAGGUGUGAUGCAUGUUGUUUUGCUGUCAGCCAUGGUAAUUGGUGUUAAUUGAUAAAAUAUUUAGGUUUAUUCUUAAACAACACAGAUCUAUCAAGCAAAAUAUGGAUCAGGAACCUGCAGAUUAUGUCUGCCUCGAAUGCAGUCUCCGAUUCAAGAAUUCAGGAACUUUUGAAAAACAUAAAAGAAAGUUUUGUCAAGGACAAGGGAGGAGCAAUAACAAUACAUGGGCACCCUCUCCAAAAAGUAACAGGAGAAUAUCGAAUGGUCAGCCAGAAUUUCCUCUAAAAACCGCAUCUAGUGCAGAUUUUUGGGCAGGCAAACCUGUAUCAGAUCGUCUUGUUAUAUCCUCUCCAGCCAUUUAUCAGGCAGCUGAUACAGUUAGAAGACCAACCUCUAAUGGUUAUGGCAAUCUAAAUCAAUUAAAUGUAGGCAUGAAGUUUAGUUCUGUUCUUGAAGACCUGCAACUAGAGAAAGGAAAACUGGAGGAGCACAAAAGAGCAAUUCAAGAGAAGCUUGCAAGAAUUCAUGGAAAUGGAGGAUCUGCAGAUAAACAGCUCAAAAUUUUGAAUGAGCAAGCCAACCAACAAUUUGUUCAAAAAGAAAGAAAAGAAAGAAAUGCUGCAAUGGAGGCUCAUCUGGAGGAUCUCCAAAAUUCCAUCUUGAAACAUCAGCACUUAUCAAGACAUAACGGUGGAAAGGAAUACUACUUGCAUCCUUCUUCAUCAGAAAAUGAUAACACCGGGUUGCUGUUAGCUCAUAUAAGGAAACUGAAGAGGCGUUACAUGGAAGAUGGUGGUGACGAUGUUCGAAUAUUUGAACUCUUUCAUGGGCUGGAGAGUGAUAUUUACAGAAAUAGACAACCCUCUUCAAGAAGUAGACACUACAGAAACACAGAGAAAGAGUCUGAAAUGGUGCAACAGCUUCAAAAACAACUUCAAACAGCCCAGCAGACGAAUGAGUCACUGAUGAAGGAGUUACAAAUUCUAAAAGUCAGUAGGGAAAGGCAGCGAGAGUAUCGGUCCAAUCAAGUGGGUGAACGAUCGGUGCCACACAUUGAUAUUGGUAAUUUCCACGAGAAAAAACUAAUGGAAAUGAGACAGGAGGCUGAGAUAUACAGGCAACAACUAGAACUUGAAAGGCUUAAGAACGAGUUGCAGAGUUUGAGGGGUCCUGUGCCAAACCUUCCUCAGCUACCGGCCAUUCAAUAUAAUCAAUCGCAACAACGACAUAGCUUGGUCAUGUCGGAGAAGGAUAUGUAUCAAAUUUCAAACGAAAAAACAGAAGAGGCAUUUCAACCAGCGCCUUACGACCCAGGAAGUGGUUUCGCGAUUUUCUGGGAUUUUAUCUGCGGCAUAACACAGGCUACAGAUCAAUGCAGAAUCGUCGUUACGAUGUUCAAAGAAAGCGAGGCUGUGUCCGACUCGAAAGUUUUACCUGCCGUUCCUUGCAGUCCUUCAAAUGACAAUGCGAUGCCCUAUGCAAGAUAUUCCGGCCGGAUCGCGAUUCUCGGAAUUAAGCAAAUCUUCCCAAGGUGCCUCCCUUUGCCAUCAUUGACUGUUGUUGUGCAAGUUCAAAUGGGCAGUGAACGAGACGUUGUAUUUGAGGCUAUGCAGGAGGUCGGGUGGAGUCAAGUCAACAUAUUUGAUAGUUUCAGUCAAGUCAUCGCUGGAAGAUGGAAGAUCCCUGUAAGAGUGCCUCCAGUGGCACCACAGCUGACUGCAGCUCAACUAAAUGCAGUGCAACAGCUGGAUGGGUGUGAGUUGUACUAUCGACUAAUUAAUGCAAGAGAUGUAGAGUCACAAGAAGGCCUGGUACUAGCCUCGCAACAAACAAAAGCUUACAAGUAUCCUCAUUUGGAUCACAAAGUCGUUCCACUUUCGAAUGUAUCCCUUGAGCCCAGAAGACCCAUCAUCUCAAGAGCAGACAGUCCCCCGGUGCGAAAGAAAACCAAAGCGAAAAAGCCGAAGACUCCUGUUCAGUCUCCUGAACCCGCCACUCCUCUGCCAGUUUCAUCAUCACCUAUAAGAAUUGCGUCAUCAAGAAGAGACCCGACACCGAAACCUGCAAUUCCGACCCCAGCUGCUCUGCCGGUACGAAACCCUACUCCCAAGCAUCCGUCCCCCAUAUCAGAGCCAUCUCCACAACAAGAAGUACCUGAGAUUCCAAGCGAGAAUGAAGCCAAUGACAAAUAUUUUCUUGGCUUUCAAUUCGAUAAACUGUAUGAUGUGCAUGAAGCCACUGCUCGAUUGCAAAUCACCAUAUUUGGAGGAAAUGGCAAGGUUGCAAAGUCUGAAAGUGCCUCCGCCUCAAAACGUACACUUUACUGCCGAACUCCAUUUUUGAAAUCAGUAUUGGCAUUUGCCUUGCAAGAGGUGCAGUUUGCAGAGCUCACGCUUGAUGCUAAAAGCUUCGUAAUAAUUGAGGUUUACACAACUGCCUCUGGAGGUUUUCUCGCUGUGACGCAAGCAGAGGAUGAUCCAGAGGAACUUGCCUGCUGGACAUUCAUGCCUUUGUGCCAGCCGUUUGCAACUUCAAAGCAGGCCUCGCGAAAUUCACGAAUGUCAACAGCAUCGAGGCUAGAUGAAAAUGAGACUUACAACCAAUUGAAGGCCAACACCGGAAUGCACGAAGUAGGUCUUUACAGCCCUCCUGUGUUAGAGCCACGGCAAAUAUUAUCAGGUUUCAAGAAUCCUCAAAUAUUUGAUAGCUGCGAGCAGUUUGGUCCUGCCUAUAUAACUUUCUUCGUCUUCAACAAGCAGGUAUUGCCACCAGCACUGCCAUCCGACCUGCCUCAGGUUUCCAGCGAAAAUGAAUGCCCCGAGAGUGCAUGGAUACCUAGCGAACGGAAAGAGCCUCUAGAAACACCCUACAAGAAUGGUGAUGGAUUUGAGCUUUAUAUAGAUGCUGGAAGAUUUUUCCCUGACAAUUGUGCCUUUGUCAAGGUCUUAUGCCAGCUGUAUGAUAACAAGUACACGAAGCUCAAAGAUGAAUAUGAUACGGAUAUUGAUCUUGAUUUGAAUCCGUACAAUCCAACAUUCGAUCUGAAGUUUGAAUUCAGGGAGUUUAGUUAUCCGCCGACAACAACGAUGCUCUUUAAGGUGUUUAUAAUAGACUCAGUCACCAGGCAGGCUUUUCGACUUGGCAUGGCUGUUUUACCUGUGUUUGUAAAACCCGGGACUUUUGACAGAGCUGAUGACCUAGAUUCGAAGUUUUGCUUAAACGAAGGAUGUUUCCAAUUGAAGCUUUAUAAUGAACUGAAAAAUGUAGACCGACUUACAAGGAGUGCUGUAGAAAGUCCUGUUCCGUGUGCCUCUUUAUUAGUCAGGAUCCUCCGAGCCCCAUCCUAUCCAGAUGGACAACCAAAGCAGGCCAGUGAUUUUCUGGAGGACCAGUGGGAAAGUGAAGGGCUACUUGUACCAAAGCCAAAAUACACCGACGGAGUGUAUGAGUCAAAAGAAUGCAAGCCUAGCCUUUCUGAAUGCCGAUUGUUGCACGCUUACUUGAAUCGUAAAUCAACAUCAACAAGAGAAGCAAUGAAGCUUAUUACUGAAGGGAGGAAAUCCAAGAAUGACCAAGGUCUUAUUGACACUGUUAAGAAUUUGCUGAAGAAUUGCCAGAACUGUCCAAAGGCGGAUUUGAUGUAUUUAGCAAAAUACAGCAGCAAACAUGGUGUCGUCAUUUCAGUGGACAGCGCCCAAAACCUUCCUUGGUCUGGAUUCACUUUUGCGACAUACUGUUUUUCACCGCCAGCAUCAUUUUACAAGGGUAAACUCGAUGACCCGGCGGUCCUUGUAACAAAGCUCGAUUUGGAUGGAUGCAUUCGACUCCCAAAGUGGGCGGAUGGAAUCAAGGUAUUUCCAAGAAGAAGGUCUCAUAGCAAUCUUGUCGUAAUCGUCCACCUUUAUGAAGUGGUGCUUUCACAAAAAGAAGGUCGUAUUGAGUUCUCCUUCGGAGCUCAGGCAUGGACCGUUGUUCCAGUUUGCUACCAGGAAUACACCUAUCAUGGCUUGUUUCAAGUAGGAAUCUUCCACGAUGCCCCAUCCAACGCAAUCAUCGACCAGAUUCAAAAUGAACCAUUGGCUCAGACCAUCACGAACCUGCGUCGAAAAAAGAUCAUCAAACUGGUGGAUGGUGCAUCCAUUUUUAUUAGAAUCGGUGACACUAGAAGAAGAGAAGAGCUUGAGGAUCCCUCAAAGCUUACAGUUCGAAAGACGUUUCUCCCAAGAGGUAACAAAUAUUUAAACGUCGCACAGUCGAAAAGAUUUGCCACCAUCAUCCCCCCUGACCAAAACGCCGAGGAGUACGGAAAAGUGCUUGCUUCAAAGUUCAGAAUGCUCGCUGGCCAAGCAUUCCAGUUUAGAAUACCGAAAUAAGAGAAGACUAUUUUUUGAACGCCACUGCUUUCUCUACAAAGACAAGUAUUUAGAAUGUUUACGUAUUAAACGAGAGUUCUACAGCAUGUUAAAGGUGUAUAUAAGAUACCUUGCACGAUGUAAAUAUUUUGAUCAGAAAUCUUCAAUUUUUCCAUAGCUUCUAGCUCUGUUGAAAACGUGCUUGGUGACUAUAUUUCGAAAAGAUCUUAUUUAGAAAAUGACUUUUUCGUGUAUUUCAAAGUCACUUUCGAGCGAUACGAUAACAGUGCUUAUAAUGUUGAAUUUUUAAGACUGCUACAGCAAUUAUUGCAUAAUACUGUUUUCAGUAUAAGUCAGUUGACUAAAAUGAAUUGUGCCAAACUGGAUGUCACUGAACUAAAGCAUAUUUUUUGUUAACGGUAGAAUUCUUUCUGAUAUUAAAAUACAACAUUAGCGUUAAGCUUAAUCUGUUUUGUGUGUGUACAUUUGUUGUUGUAAAAAUGUUAAUAGAGACUUUUAGCUUUUUUAAAAUUAUUUUGCGUACUUUUUAGCAUACCGGUGCAAGUUUAUAAUGAAAUUUUUUUUGUUAGGCCUUAUAGACACACGAAUUAAUUCCUACUUGGCGGGACAACUUGGAAUACCUAGGGCACCUGUCGUUAUUCUUCUUUGCGAGGUAUACAGGCCGAGAUAACUUCUAAUAACAAUAUUGUAGUGAGACAGCGAAAGAUGUGAUAAAUUUUUAUG